AUGAUUAUCUUUACACAUAUAUGCAUGCACGAUCGCAUGUGUCCUCCCCCAGAUGCUUACCAAGCUUAUCUCCAGGAGAGCAGUGUUGCCUGCAUAUUGGCUAUGUAUUAUACACUCCACACGGCCACACGCAAGGACAAGACUGCUCUCAUGCGUGUACUAGGUACACUUGCAACAUGUCACCAAGACAGAGCUUUUCAAGAUACCUUUCUUCACUCCUUGGUUGCAGCAUUGAUCCCUAUGGCAGAUGAUUUCUCAACAGAGGAUUUCUGUACUGUAGUAUUUGAUGAAUUUUUCUUCACAAACAUCAACCGGGAAAAUGUUAUGCGCCAUGUCAUGAAGUUGGUGUGGUACAUUCAUCCUAAGCUUCCACCUGCACGCCUUGACACACUUCAGAAAGUUCUUCAACCUGGACCUCAUCAUGGAGAAGCAAUCCAGGCACUGUUUGAGAAGUUCCAAUCAAGGGUACAAGAAUUCCAAGAUAUUCAGAAUCAACCAGCACCUAUGAACGAAAUGGACUCCCCACUCAUGGCUGUGCCCACACCAGCCCCUAUCCAGUAGCAGUCUGUGUACUCUCUACAUCAUUGAUGCCAUGUUUCCUAUGGGAACUCCUACUGCUAGUGAUGAUAGCUUAUGGUGAAUAUUUUCUUAAGACAAUUCAAAUUUUGUUAAGUGGAAGUUGGGGAAAUAAUCAUUCUCCAUGAAAUGAGUAGCACCUUUAUGGUAAGCUGAAGCCAUAUUGUUUACUACCAUUGACCCUACCUGUUUAUAAAAGCUGUCAUGUUUGUGUAUUAUCAGCAUAAUUUUCUAUACAGUAAGUCUUUAUAAUAAUAUUACUACAUAAAAUCUGUUGUAUAGACUGUCAAACAAGAAUGUCUUUAUAGCUAAAUACAAGGAACUGAUUGUAAUAAAAACUUUCAGCUUUCUGUCCAGAUAAAUAUAGGUUAAUAGCAUUUAUCAUUUACAGUUUAUUUUUUCUUUGGCUAGUUUUUCUCCAUUAUCCCUCCAGGGUUAUCAAGAUUCUAGUGAAAUGCUCUUGAUUGAAGGAAUUGGAGCUUCCUCUUCCUUGAAUUGAACCUGAUUACCUCUCAUUCCCCAGUUAUUUGACCUUCAUUAUAUGAUUAUUUCUUGUACGUUUUCACAACUAGCUGCAGUUUUGAGAGUAAAUGAGAGAGAUUUGAGUUCAUCCUAGAAUGUUCUCAAAUCGCUUGAUAAUGAAUGGUCCAGGACAGACCGAAAUAUCACCUAAUGAUUCCUCUCAAAAUUUUAGGUUAGUUGUGAAAUGUUUUAGCCACACUUGUGACUGUUAUGUUUACAGGUUAAAUACAGUGGACCCCCGGUUAACGAUUUUAAUCCGUGCAAGAGGGCUCAUCGUUAUGCGAAAUAAUCGUUAUGCGAAUUAAUUUUCCCCAUAAGAAAUAAUGGAAAUAAAAUUAAUCCGUGCAAGACGCCCAAAAGUAUGAAAAAAAAUUUUUUUUACCACAUGAAAUGUUAAUUUUAAUACACACAAACUGAAAAAGGCAUGCACAAUUACAUGACACUUACUUUUAUUGAAGAUCUGGUGAUGAUUGAUGGGAUGGGAGGAGGGGAGAGCAUUAUCUUCUUACUGUUUAGAAGGGGAAUCCCCUUCCAUUAGGACUUGAGGUAGCAAGUCCUUUUCUGGGGUUACUUCCCUUCUUCUUUUAAUGCCACUAGGACCAGCUUCAGAGUCACUGGACCUCUGUCGCACAACAAAUCUGUCCAUAGAGCUCUGUACCUCCCGUUUCUUCAAGACUUUCCUAAAAUGGGCCAUAACAUUGUCAUUGAAAUAGUCACAAGCACGGCUUGCAACAGCUGUGUCAGGGUGAUUUUCAUCUAUAAAGGUUUGCAGUUCAAACCACUCUGCACACAUUUCCUUAAUCUUUGAAGUAGGCACAAUGGAUUCCACAACUGGCAUAGGCUUCUCAGGGUUAGCCCCAAACCCUUCAAAAUCUUUCUUAAUUUCCAUACUAAUUCUCACCCUUUUUACCACAGGGUUGGCACUAGAAGCUUUCUUGGGGCCCAUGGUCACUUAUUUUCCAGAAACACCACCGAAAACACUGUAAUAAUACGAAAUAUUCCGAGUGUAUGCUUGGAUGUUACCGCGGAGGCUGGCUGGUAAACAAUGGGACGGCCGGCACAUGUGAGGGCACAUUGGACGCGUCUCGGACGAAAAUCGGUAUGCGGGUUUUUAAUCGGUAUGCGGGGCAAAAAUUUUGCGAUAAAAGUAAUCGUUAUGCGGAAAAAUCGCUAUGCGAUGCCAUCGUUAUGCGGGGGUCCACUGUAUAUAUGUACUGUGUACCAAUAAAAGCAACUACUACCAUAAUGGAAAACAGUGCCCAAAACAUCUAUGCAUCCAUUUCUGUAUAUUAGAUCCUGAGUAUCAAGGAACUUACCCCCAGGGGAGACUCCUUCAUGCCAGUGUGGGGCUGUUGAUCUAGGGAAUUGGACCCAGUUCUUCCCAUUCUUGGAUCAAAGCCAUUUACCUCUCACUUUCCAGGCACUAUGUUACCCCUGGGUUUAGCAGUUUUCCCUAACUAUUGCCAAACCUAUAGAGGUUAUACAGAACCUAGAAAAUAGGAGGCAAUUGGGCUCAAUCCAAGGAAGGGGAGGACAAGUCCAUUUCCUUGGACUAAGGGCUCACUAGCCUCAUGGAACCUUCCUCAGUAUGUUAAAUAUGAAGGAAAUAACCAAUAAAUGUUAUUUGUU